UGGCUGUGAUUGGCUGUCUGCCUGGAGAGUCUUUUUGUAGGGCGAAGAGCACAGGACGCGACUCCCAAGGAUCCGGAUUUCUUAUUACAAUAUAAACAAAUACACAAAAAAAUGCUGAUUUUCAGAAAGGUUCUGCAGACAGGGGUUCAGACGGGUCUGCGGUUUCAGAGCAGUGGAGCUGCAGCUCGAGCGGCCAGUGCAGCGAAAACGUCACAUGGAGGAAUCUCCUUCGAAUUAACUGACCAGCAGAAGGAAUUCCAGGAAACAGCCAGGAAGUUUGCACGAGAGGAGAUCCUGCCGGUCGCUGGGGAGUACGACAAAAGUGGUGAAUAUCCGGUUCCGCUAAUCAGGAGGGCGUGGGAGCUCGGUCUGAUCAACAGUCACAUUCCUGAGGACUGCGGGGGACUGGGUCUGUCCAGUUUCGAUGCUUGCCUGAUCACAGAGGAGCUGGCCUACGGCUGCACAGGAGUCCAGACGGCUAUUGAGGCCAACUCUCUGGGACAAAUGCCAGUCAUUAUUGCGGGUAAUGAUGCUCAGAGGAAAAAGUACUUGGGAAGGAUGGUCGAGGAGCCUCUGAUGUGUGCGUACUGUGUGACGGAGCCGGGAGCAGGUUCAGAUGUAGCAGGAAUAAAGACUCGAGCUGUGAAGAAAGGAGAUGAAUACAUCGUCAACGGCCAGAAGAUGUGGAUCACCAAUGGAGGAAAAGCCAACUGGUAUUUCCUGCUGACCCGCACAGACCCCGACCCCAAGUGCUCGGCCAGUAAAGCGUUCACAGGCUUCAUCGUGGAGGCGGACACUCCAGGAAUUCAGCUCGGCAGGAAGGAAAUGAACAUGGGUCAGAGGUGCUCCGACACCCGGGGCAUCACCUUCGAGGAUGUGAGAAUCCCCAAAGAGAAUGUGCUGAUUGGAGAGGGGGCGGGGUUUAAGAUCGCCAUGGGUGCUUUCGACAAGACCAGGCCUCCGGUUGCUGCGGGUGCAACAGGGCUGGCCCAGAGAGCGCUGGAUGAGGCCACCAAAUACGCCUUAGAGAGGAAGACGUUCGGCAGGUUCAUUGCUGAGCACCAGGCCGUUUCCUUCAUGCUGGCAGAGAUGGCCAUGAAGGUGGAGCUGGCCAGGCUGGCCUAUCAGAGAGCUGCCUGGGAGGUGGAUGAUGGCAGAAGGAACACUUACUACGCCUCCAUCGCCAAAGCCUACGCCGGAGACAUCGCCAACCAGGUCGCGAGUGAUGCCGUCCAGAUCUUCGGUGGGAACGGAUUCAACAGUGAAUACCCCGUGGAGAAGCUUAUGAGAGACGCAAAGAUUUAUCAGAUUUAUGAAGGAACGGCCCAAAUCCAAAGACUCAUCAUCUCUCGAGAGCAUCUUGGAAAGUAUAAGCAGUGAACGUAUCUCAGCACCUUCACCGGGAGAAGCACUCCUUAGUCGAAAGGUGUAGUUCAAUAGGAUUCAUAUAAUAAAUGGUUGUAAUCAUAAUAUAUCACUUUCAGGCAGUUAAGAGGAGCCACGGUUCAAUAUUUCACCACAGCCAUAUCUUAUUCUAAUUGUUUAUACAGACACUUCCAUAGUCUUGCUGUGGACAUUGUUCUGUUCUGUCUAUAGGAAUGUGAUGAGCAGCUGGAUUGUAAUCCUAAUUGCAGUGAACUUUCCGUCCGUUAGGGUGGAGUCUUUUUGUCCUGCGUGGCUCUGAAUUCUGUUUAUACAAUAAUAGGAAUGGAUCUCAGGAUUGUUGCCAAUGUCGUUUUGCCUUAAUCAUUUUAACAUUACUCAUGUUUGUAUAUUCUGUAGGACAAUUGUUGGUUAAGCAUUAAACUGAACAAAAUAGAACUCAUAAUAAAGAACACAAUACUUGCGUUUUUUUUAAAUGGUAUGUCUUCCAAAAAUAAAUAAAGAUGAACAAUUCUGUCAGAAAUACA